GAUAAAACAGAACAGAGGCUAUAAUUAUAUUUCGGAACGUUGCAAAAACAUCAACGUUAUCUAAAGGCCGGACAAAAACACAAACUCCUUUCACGCCACCCAACAUAAACCUCUCAACGGCUACUUUCUGCGCCCUAUACAUAUUCCACUGCCACCCCUUCACAGCUACACUCCCCACCUCUCUCUGUCUCUCUCUCAGCUUGUAAAAUUACCAAAGCUAAUUACUUAAGGUCACAAAAAUGGCCGGAAUUUCGAAAACGCAGAUUUAUUCAUUACUGCCCCUCAUGAUUUUCCUGUUGGCAAGCUUCUCAGACGCGAGGGACCACGUGAUAGGCGGCAAGCCAGACGCGUGGCGGAUCCCCACUUCAGAUUCAGAUACCCUCAACCACUGGGCCGAGAAAUCACGUUUCCUCAUCGGAGAUUCUCUCGUGUGGAAGAACGAGGGGUCCAAUGACUCGGUCUUGCAGGUGACGAGGAGGGAUUAUGUGACCUGCAACACAUCGAGUCCGGUGGGAGUGUACAACGCCGGCAGGGUGGAGCUUGAGCGGUCGGGGCCGUACUAUUUCAUCAGCGGAGUGGAGGGAAACUGCCGGAAGGGGCAGAAGGUGAUUGUGGUGGUUAUGCAUCGUCGGCUGGCGGUUUCGCCCUCACCUUCGCCGGCUGAGGUUGCUCCGGCGCCUACCAGCGGUGGUGAUGGGGUUAUUAUGAGGAGUCGGGGAUUUUUGGCGUUGGGGUUAACGGCGCUGGUUGUGGUUGUGGGCUGCGUGAUGUGAAGGAGAGAGAUUGUUUUGUUAGCUGAGAUGUUUGAUGGAGCAUUUGUUAUAUUAUAUUAUUUCAUUCUUCUCUUAUUUCUUUUUUUGUCAAAUUCUUUGGUACAAUUGAGAUUUACACGACUCUGUUGGUGUAAUUCUUUGGUUGUGUUAUUUAUUAUAUGUUCGAGACAUAUCAAAGUUUUUUUCUUAUAUACAAUGUUUAUAUGGAUAUAUACUAGUUUAUAAUCCAGCAUAAAAUUUGAGUCUAUAAUCAAGCGUAAAAUUUGUGUUGUGACUCGAUUAUUUUGCUUUGACAGAUGUUUGUAGUAAAAUUUUUGGGCUGCAUGAUAAGUGUAUCAACAUUCCUCCAUACAAUCUAAAAUGUAUCUUAAAUCAAGA